UUGUUCCUUGGGGCUGAGUUUGGGCAUAGGCAACGCGUGUGUGUGCCCAGGGGCUGCUCAGCGGGCUGCAGCCUGGAAGUGGUCGCCUUACACCGACGGAACGGCAUCAGCUGCACCUGGAAUAGCUUCGGACGGUAAUACCCCAUGCCACCAAAACAACCAGAGAAGAGCCCACUUCCCCCAAUAUCCCAGAGCCUCAGUGACCUUUCAAAAGCUCCCCAUGAAUUGCCACCUUCUGGGUGCCUCAAGAAGUGGAUCAAAGAUACUGAUUCAGCUUAUGUGAGGCUGGCAAAGCAAGGAGGCCAGUCUGACCUACUGAAGCACUACACUCCUGUGAUAAUGAAGUCCCCUUCAGCAGCAUAUGCUGCACCCGACUGGUACUUACACCACACCAGUCCCCCAGCGAUGGAUGAGCCAUGGAGCUCUGUUUCCUCUCUACCAGAAUAUAUGAUUCAGAGAGAGUUUAAGGCUGAUGACCAUCGUGGUAACACUUAUGAGGCAAGAAGAGGGCCUUUUGAUUUUGAUACAAAAAGUGUUUGGCAGCAGGAUGCUGAGGACAAAGAAAAUGCAGAGAAAAAGAAGGUGAAGCUCCCAGCUAUAAACCCUAAAUAUCCAAGCAGAAUGCUGAAUGUUUCUACAAGCAAGGAAUUUAGUGGGGCAAAUAAGCUUUCCUUUCCACCUGUGCCUGCUCAGAGAAAAACUGAAGCAGUAAACUUUAGCAAAUUAAUUAACAAUGGUUAUGGGACUGACUGGUUUCGGCAGUGUACUGGAUGGGAAAAAAAGAUUCAAGAACCAUCAGAAAAUAGUGAACAGUCCAAAGAACCUCUUCCUCCAGAUUCAGAGCCAUCUCAGUCUGAACCACCACCUGCAAGCAACGAGUUAAAGCCACCAUUUCAGGGAUGCAAUAAGUAACUUGAAGACUGUUAGGGAAAGUAAACCCUUGUAUGGCCUAUGUAGUGCACUAUUUACAUGUCUGUUAGAUUACUUUUGUGGUUGAACUCAUCCCUGAUUGAGAAGUUCAUUUCAUUUAUAAGAUGGAUGAACUUCAUUGUGCUUGAUUACAGCAAAUUUUAAAGUACAAGCAACAGCUGUUAGUGCUUAUUCCUAGACUUUUUGUUAAUAUAAUAAACAAAGCAAAACUGCAUUUUUGUCCUACACAACUCGGGCUGCUUUGCUGAUGUCAAGUAAGAUUACCAUAUUGCUGCUGAUUUGAACAGACACAGGUAUGCUAUCGAUGUUUACAAAUCAUCAAGUUUCUUUAGUGUACUUAUGAUUUACGCCACAAAGAAAGGUGAAGGGCAACUGUGUGGUAUGGGAUGAAAUGUAAAUAGAAAGAAUUGAACUGGUAUGGAUACUUGCAGUAAAAAAGUCAAAGCUUCAUUGGAAAGACUGCUUCUUAAUCCCCAAAAUGCAUUUUUUUAG